ACAGUAGACGCACAUCCCCGCAGAGAAUCUCAAGUGCGACAGUUGGCGUGGCUGGGUGACGGUGUGUGGGUCAGCAUCAGACUCGACUCGACGUUAAGACUCUAUCAUGCUCACACCUACCAGCAUCUUCAAGACGUUGACAUAGAACCGUACGUCAGUAAGAUGCUCGGUACGGGAAAGCUUGGAUUCUCUUUUGUUCGCAUUACCGCUCUGCUUAUUUCCUCGAAUCGGCUGUGGAUUGGUACUGGCAACGGAGUGAUAAUCUCGGUACCGUUGUCUGAAAGUGCGGGUGGCUCGAUGGCGGUAGCCAGAGCGCAGACAGGUAGCAACAAAAGCGACGCGCCGGGAGUCGGCGUUAGGAUCUUCGCGUCGGAACGGGGCGUCACACCGGGAAGUUUUAUACCUUACUGCAGCAUGGCCCAUGCGCAGCUCAGUUUUCACGGACACAGAGACGCUGUGAAAAUGUUCGUCGCUGUACCUGGUCAUGGUGGUCAGAGCGCGGUGACGGACGGAACGCAACCUGCGAUGCUCGUUCUCUCUGGUGGUGAGGGUUACAUCGAUUUUAGAGUUG